CGAAGCUGGCACUUUCCACCUCACCUGGUCCUCUCCUCCUCGGUAACGUGGCGAACAACAUAUCAAAACGGCACUGAGAUGCAUGAAGUACCAAGGCAGAGGCGGAUGACGCAAGGAGAUGCUAAAUUCGGCACUUUGCACUGAGCUGAGUGCUGGUCUACCGUCUAUUGACCUAUGUCUCAAUGUACACACACACACCUAUGUACCUCGAGAACUGUGACCCGGAUCAUGAAGUGUUUUGGACUCGUGCAGUGGCAGAUACUCGCUGAGUUGUCUGAUCGCGGAAAGUCACGGAACACAUCCCAGGCAACCAGGAUGAUGUCGGAGCUCGUAACCUCCAGUGCCAAGACUCACAAAGCGACAGCUGUGAUACUCUACACCUCAGGUCGUAAGACAAUUGGUGACUUGGGGCAGAGUAUACCAUCAUCGAAGAAUUCUCAAUUGACGGAACGUCCGCACAACUAUGCAUCCGCAAGUCCCGAGGCUGAAUAGUCCCGCAAUUUGGGAUGCAUCCUAGAGGGUGGCAUGAAACCGGGUAAUGUCAGGAGCGUGUUC